CCGGCGGCUGUGAGGUAGUUCGCCAUGGCGACGGCUCCUGACAACGCUUUCUCCUUCCUCGCUUCUGGUUGUUGCUGCAAGUCUUCUGCUCUAAGCUGUUUUGAGGGGAAGGACACGGGAAGUCUCUGACCUGACACUAUGGGGGAAGGAAAGGGCGACAACUUCGACGGUGUGAGCACCGACCGUCUUAAAAUGGAGCUGCUGGAAGAAAUCCACCUGAAGGAUAUAGUGCAACUCUCAAUGCUUGAAAUAAGACGCAAGAUAGCAGAACUGGAAGCCAAACUCAAUAAUGACAAUGAAGAUGAGAAAUUGAGGCACAAAAAAGGCUGUGAAUGGAAAACCCGUUAUGAGACACAGCUUGAACUGAAUGAUCAACUAGAAAAGCAAAUUGUUUCUCUCAAAGAGAAAAUGGCAAAAAUUCGUGGCAAUCCUUCAGAUAGACUAUCUUCUAUUCGUGUCUAUGAACAAAUGCCAGUGGAAUCCUUAAAUGCAUUACUUAAACAGCUAGAAAAAGAAAAAAGGAGUCUUGAAAAUCAAGUGAAAGACUAUGCAUUUAGACUGGAACAAGAAUCAAAGGCUUACCACAAGACCAACAAUGAACGCCGUACAUACCUAGCUGAAAUGUCUCAGGUCUCUGGCUCAUAUCAAGUUUCUAAAAGGCAACAGAUGGAUCAACUGCCUAGAAUGAAAGAGACUCUAGUGAAAACGGGAAGAUAUAAUCCAGUUAAUCAGAAGAUAAUGAAUGCCAAGAGAGGACCAGCAAGAAAGAUUACAAGAUCAAACCAUCUUCCAAAACUCAAUCCAUGAUUCCAGAACUCGUGGAUUUCUAUUUCUUUUUUUUUUCCAUCUGUAAUGUUCAACUUUUGAAGUUCAUGUUCAACACAUUUUCCAGGAAAUGAAAUAGAUAAGAAAGAACAGCCAAACUUCUUUUUAGAUCCUUUUCCAGAAGUUUGUUCCUUUGUCUGCAUGAAUGUAAUUUUUCCUAGUGACCCUAAAAUAUCUAAUAGAAUUGUUUGUGAUUUUUGAAAUAUCCUAGGAAGCCUGAAGGUUCGCAUCAUUACACUUGCUUUUAAUAUUAUAUUCAUGUUCUGCUCUGAUAGUAACAUUGCUGUUAUAUUUGGUUUCUAGUUGGCUGUUAGCUAAAAAUGUGAGUUGAUGAAAACUUUUUGUUAUUUCAGGCUGUAUCAUGCUCAAUUUUUUAAACCUCAGGUUUAAAGACAGCUGCAUUUUAAAUUUUGACUUGAAAUAUCAUGGUAUUGUGAAAAUAACCCUCAAUCAUGAAUCAGCUGCUUAUGAUACGCACUCUGCAAUGAAUGUAGGAGAUCUAGGGUGAGUCCCUCUAUCUCAUCUUGAUUUCCCACACCUGUGGGACCGAGGCACACUAUACAAUUUCUAAGUUUUCUUACCAUUCUAGAAAACCAAUGCUUAUUUAAUCACAAGGUCCUGCCACUUAGCCCAUGGUAACUUAAGUCAUUUUGUGAUGUUUAUUAAUUUGUAGUGAUAGCCUAGUCCUUUGGACCAAAUUUUGCAAGUGUUCACAAUACUCAAGUCCAGAAGUGGAGAUAGAAUGAGGAUAAGAGAAGGGUUCUUUUUAAACAUUUAUAAAAUUUAUUGAAUUCUAUUCAUAUUUAGACUGUUUUUGCCAUUUAGAUGAUUUUUGUAACUCUCACCUAGGUCUAGAACGUACAAAUAACUUAUUUACCCACUUUAAAAAGUGAAAUUAUUGGACUUUAAAUCUGCAGAAAUCACUCAGAGAUAAUAUAAUUUCCAGCUAAUGGUGUUCUUACCUUAUCUCUGGCACCAAAUCUAAAUUCCAUUCAGUAUCACCAAUAGUGAGUACCAAAUGCAUUUCUAUAAUUACCCCUCUAGAUGUUUACUUUCUUUCGUUAAGGAAGAAAACAUAAAUUUCAUAUAGCCAAAAAAUUGUUUUAUGUGACUUUCAAAUGUAAUGCAGAAAAAUAUAAAGUAACUUUCUGUAAAUUAUUCUACAUUGGAACUGGAAAUAUUUUCUUCUGUUCUUAAGCCAACUACAGAUAUUUAGGUACCUUGACUCAUAUUAUUGGUCAAAUAUGAGAUUUUUCUGCUUUAUACCAUCUUAGCAUUAGGAGAAAAUUAAUAAUUUAAAUAUUAGUAAUAAUUAUAAUUAUCAAUGAAACAUAAACAAGUUUAUUUCUUUCAUACAGAGGUAAGACACUGUGGGAACUGGACUAAGGAACAUUUAAAGUUAUCUCAAUCACUGGGACGGAAUAUUAAUUGAACACCUUAUCACAGGGAUUCUAUCACAUUUAAGUGUUAGUUCUGCAGGACCUACCUUGGGAUACUUUUCAGAUGUCAGAAACAGCCUAUCUCAAACAGAGGGAUGGGAUGUUGGUGGGAUAGUAUACAGAACUAAAACGGGAGACUCUAAGCUCUGUGUUCUAAUAUCAGUUUUGCCACUUCUAAGCUUCUGAUUUUGAGGAAAUAGCUUUUCAUUGCCUCAGUUUUAUCAUUUAUAAAAUUGGGAAUAUUUAUCCUAACUACUGCCCUUGGGAUUGCUGUGCAGAUCAAGGGUACUUACCACAUAUUUAUUUGUUUAUUUCUUUAUGCUAUAUUUCCCUCUAAAAUGGAUGUCAGUUAACUUUGACUAAAUAUAGAGGUAUAAAAACAAUGCCUACAAAAUAAAAGGUGAAAAUAAAAGUUAAAAUUUGGUAAGAAUUCCCAAAUAAGAAAAGCUCUAGCUUUAAGCAUUCUAGUGGCCUGUGCAAAAAAAGAAUGAGUUAUAUACCUCUCAUUUUUAUUUUUUGGUAGAAGGAAAAUAUAUGUAGAGAAAAAGUUUUAUCUAGUUUUAAGCUCUGAAGGUAACUUGUAAUGUGAGGUUUGAUAAGAAAAUGCAAUUAUUUAUUGUAAUAACCAGAGCAAAAAUGACAGUUUGGAAAUCUUUAUUUUGUUUGAUACUCAAAUAUGUGUUGAUAUCAAUAUUUUUUAUUGGAAACUUCAGAAUUCAUAAAGCAAAAAUCAGUAAAACAAUAUUUAAUGUAUUUCAGAAUUUAAAAUGUCUAAAUAUACUACCAAAUGUCAAGAAAAACCAUUUACAAAAACAAAUGUUGCUAUAAAUAAAAAGAUAGGUAAUAGUAAGUAUGGUGAGGAUGUGGAGAAGCCAGAACCCUCAUGCGUUACUGGUAGGAUGUAAAAUGGUACAGCCACUUUGGAAAACUGUCACUUCCUUAAAAGGUUAAACAUAGAUACCAUAUAACACAGCAACUCCACUCUUAUGUAUACACCCAAGAGAAAUGGAAACCUACAUCCACAUAAAAACAUAUACAUGAAGGUUUUUAGUACCAUUAUUCAAAUAGCAAAAAAAUAAAAAUAGCCCAAAUGUCCAUCAACUGACGAAUGAACAAAGUGUGGUGUAUCUAAACAAAGGGUAUUAUUUGGCAAUAAAAAGGUAUGAAAUGAUGAUAUAUGCUACAACAUGGAUAAACCUUGGAAACAUUAUUGUAAAUGAAAGAAUAUGAUCAUAAAAGACCACAUAUUACAUAGUUCUGUUUAUAUGCAAUGUCCAAAUAGGCAAAUCCAUACAGACAAAAAGUGGAUUAGUAGUUGCCUAGAGUUAGGGUUGAGGGGAAGGGUUGGUGGUGGACAGUGACUGCCAAUGGGUAGAAGGUUUCUUUUUGGUGUGAUGAAAAUGUUCCAAACUUGAUUAUAGUGACAGCUGCAUAAUUCUGUGAAUAUAAUAAAAAACUAUUGAAUUGUA